AUGUUCAUCCCUCUUCUGCUGGUGCUGCUGAUAACGGCUAUAAUCCGGGUAUAUCGCAAUCCCACCUCUUCCAUUCCGGGACCAUGGAUCACCAACUGGACGGGUCUUAUUUACGACUAUCAUUUUGUCAAAGGGAAUGGAGCGCAAUAUGUCCAGGAACUGCAUAAAAAAUAUGGCCCCGUCGUCCGCGUGAGACCCAACGAAGUUGACUUUGCCGAUCUCCCGUCAGUCAAAGAAAUCCAUCGCAUCGGAAGCGGUUAUGUCAAGUCGCGCUGGUAUGACACGUUAGGAGGAGGAGGAAUCCAGAAUCUGUUCAGCAUGACGGAUCCGAAACUGCAUCGAGCGCAUCGGCGGCUGUUGGCGUGGCCGUUAUCUGAGCAGGCUUUGAAGCAGCAGAUGGAGCCGUUGAUUCGGACACGAGUCGAUCUGACGAUACAGAGAAUGAAGGAGGAGAUGAAGACACGGCAGACGGUGGAUGUGUGCAAGUGGUAUCUGUUCAUGGCGAUGGAUGUCAUUGCCGAAUUGUCGUUUGGAGAGUCGUUUGAUAUGGUCAAAUUGGGAAAGAAAACGGAAUUCAGCCUGGAACUGGAAAAAUUGGGAGGGUUGGCUGCACUGCAGGCGACAUGGCCGAGUGUUCUUCGAUUGGCUGCGUUGGUUCAAUGGCCUGUAUUCAAACAGGCGAUGCAGUCGACGAUGAAGAUGCAGCAGUGUGCCCGCGAGAGCAUCCAGCGAUACAAGCAACGCAUGGCUGAUCCGACGACAAAACCAACGCUGUUCACCCAACUGUUCGACCAGAAAGCAGAUGGACUGUCGGAUAAGCAUAUUGAAGACCAUGCGCGCAUCUUCAUCAUCGCAGGAAGUGACACCACGGCGAAUACGCUGACCUAUCUGUGCUGGUCUGUCUGUCGCGAUGAGCAGAUCAAACAGACGCUGCUGGAAGAGUUGACGGCCAUCUCAGACGAUUUCACCGAUGCUGAUCUGCAGCGUCUGCCGUAUCUGAAUCAAGUCAUCACUGAAGCCCUGCGGCUGUAUACUUCUGCUCCUGCACGCCUUCCGCGAGCUGUGCCGGAUAGAGGCGCAGUGCUGGGGGGAUAUCACCUUCCAGCGGGUGCUACUGUCAGCACACAAGCAUAUACUCUGCAUCGAGACCCGACGGUCUAUCCGGAUCCUCAAAGAUUCAAUCCAUCUCGAUGGGCCAAUCCGAGCAAAACGAUGAAAGACAUGCUGAUGCCGUUUGGCGCAGGCACUCGCAUCUGCAUCGGAAUGCAUCUCGCUCAGAUCGAACUGCGCCUGGCCACAGCGUCCUUCUUUCGUGCCUUUCCUCACGCCCGAGUGUCAGCCCGAGAGCAGAUGAGCCAGUCGGACAUGGAACAGACAAUCUACUUUUUGAUGUCGCCACGAGGGAAGCGAUGCCUGCUGGAUGUCUGA